GUGUUCCUCCCUUCUCACAGGAAGUGAUAGUUUUGUAAGCCCAGGGUCAGCCUUCUGAGACGGUCCACCAGGAUGCUGGGGAGGAUUUUGGGCCGUGGUCCAGUGGGGUGGUGCAGGUGGGGGGCUCACCUGCACCCCUGGGACCUCCAUGCUGUUCCACCACUGCUGUGCUGUGCCAGAGGUGUCGGGAACAGAGCCAGGGUUGCGCAGGGUGCAGUGCUGCAGACAGCUGCUCCAGGCUGGUCUUCCCACCAGGGAGCUGCUUGGUGCCCACUGCAGAUGAGGUUUCUGCACCAAAUUCCUCGCCCUGCAUUCAAAAAUGAAAGAAGGCCUACAAAUUUUGACAAAAAGGUGUUGGUGUGGGCAGGACGCUUUAAAAAGGAGGAGGACAUUCCCAAGUACAUAACGUCUGAGGUUUUGGAUGCAGCAAGGAACGCUGUGAGGAUAAAGGUUUGCUACAUCAUGAUUGCACUGACCUUGCUGGGUUGCUUGGCUAUGGUCAUCACAGGCAAAGAGGCUGCUAAAAAGGAUCACACACUGCUGAGGAUGAAUGAAGAGAAGAAGGCUAAAUGGAGGGCUGAAGCAGAGAAAGAUCACGAGGCAGCUGCUGUGAAGGCACAAUGAUCAGGAACAGGUUUGCUUUAACAGCAGGAGAGAAGUGAUUUGCACACAUGCCAUAUGUACCUGUCUUCCUUUUACUCCUUGGAUCUUUCUGCCUGCAACUCUCUCAGAGUAAAGGCUGCUCCAUGUGAGCUGUGAAGUUCUGGUGGAAACCCCAGCAGCUUCCUUCUGUGGCCUCUGGUCUUUGGUACUGGGUUCAGCUAAAAUAAAGACACCUCCUAUGA